AGGGGAACGAUUAUUAUUAUUAUAUAAAGAAAGAAGAGGGAGGAGGGAGCGAAGAGCGAAGAAAAGAGAAGCAUCCUCUCGAUUCCUCCUUCCUCUCUUUCCUCCCCAAAACUUCACCCGUUAAUCUCCAACUGAGAGAAAGAGAGGGAUGGAAUCGAACCUCAUUGCCGGAUCUUUGGAGAACAGCGGGAAUCACACGUCCGUUAUUGGGCCGGAGAAGGUCAUCAUCGACACGGAUCCCGGGAUCGAUGAUAGCAUGGCUAUUAUGAUGGCAUUUCAAACACCAGAAAUUGCAGUUUUAGGUUUAACUACAAUAUUUGGCAAUGUUAGUACCGAAGAUGCUACCCGCAAUGCUUUAAUAUUGUGUGAGAUUGCAGGGCGUCCUGAUGUCCCAGUCGCAGAGGGCAGCCAUGAGCCUUUAAAGGGAGGAAAGCCACGUGUUGCUGACUUUAUUCAUGGAUCUGAUGGCCUUGGGAAUAUAUUUCUUCCACCACCUGUAGGGAAAAAAUCUGAGAAAAAUGCAUCUGAGUUUUUGGUUGACACAGUUUCUCAAUAUCCUGGUGAUGUAUCAAUUCUUGCAUUGGGACCAUUAACAAAUUUAGCAUUGGCCAUCAAAAAGGACUCAGCUUUUGCAAGAAAGGUGAAGAGGGUGGUUAUACUUGGUGGGGCUUUCUUUGCAUCUGGGAAUGUCAAUCCUGCUGCUGAAGCAAAUAUAUAUGGGGAUCCAGAAGCCGCUGACGUUGUGUUUACUUGUGGAGCAGAUAUUGUUGUUGUUGGCAUAAACAUCACUACUCAAGUCAGAUUUACAGAUGAAGACCUCUCUGACCUAAAAAAUUCAAAAGGAAGGCAUUCACAAGUCAUAUGCAACAUGUGCAAGUUCUACAGAGACUGGCAUGUGAAAUCUGAUGGUGUCUAUGGGAUUUUCCUCCAUGAUCCGGUCAGUUACGUGGCACUAGUUCGACCAGAUCUCUUUACAUUCAGAAAAGGGGUGGUGAGGGUGGAGACACAGGGCAUUUGUGUGGGGCAUACGUUGAUGGACCAAGGAUUAAAAAAGUGGAACACCAUUAAUCCUUGGUCAGGCUAUUCACCAAUUUCAGUUGCAUGGACAGUUGAUGUGCCUGGGGUCAUUGCAUAUAUCAAAGAACUACUUAUGAAACCAUGAAAACUGAAGGAACCUUAGCUACCCGCCUCUAUUUAUUUGGAUCCUGUUUCUCUCGUCUUCUUUACAACUACAAAUGUUGGAUUUGAAAGCUUACCUUGUGACUUUAAAUCACCAAAUACUGGUGAAAAGCAUCCUAUUCAGUGAAAUUUCUACCUCACAGCUGCUAUAUAUUUUAUAUUAUGGAUUUAGUGAAUAUAUUAACUUCUGUUCCAUGAUUGAACAUUAUCAUUUGUUUACUGGUGAGAACAUUAUCAUUUUUAUAUUAUUAACUUUUGCAGUUUCAAA